AAUUUCUUGAAAUAAUUUUAUUCUCUGUGAGAGAAAUGUUAUUUGAACUUUAUGCCUUUUGCCAAGCUCACUUAUAUUAUUAAAGUGCAUACUUAAGGACUUUCAAUGGCACUAUGGCAUCUACUUCUUCCCUCUUCCUCCUCCUCAUCUUUGCUGAAAAACAAUAGCCAGAAUUAAUUAGCUGAAUCUGCAAAAGAUUGUUUGCCUGAUUCAAUCCUUGCACCUCAAUGAUGAGAAAAGUAAGAUGAUUUCAAAUUCAAGAGAAAAAGAUAUUCAAGCUAAGCAAGAGGGGGAAGCCAAUGCUGAGAAGUUGUCUAAGGCAGCAUCUAGCUCAAGGCAAUGGUCAGGAUUUAGAAAUCCAAGGAUUGUACGCGUCUCGCGCUCUUUUGGAGGAAAAGAUAGGCACAGCAAGGUUUGCACCAUAAGGGGAUUGAGGGACAGACGGAUUAGGCUUUCAGUGCCCACAGCAGUUCAGUUGUAUGAUCUUCAAGAUAGACUUGGACUUGGUCAGCCUAGCAAGGUAAUUGACUGGUUGCUUGAUGCCACUAAACUUGAUAUUGAUAAGCUUCCACCACUUCCAAUUCCUCAAGGAUUCACUCAAUUUCAUCCACAACUUUUUUCUCAUGAACCAAAUGCCUCUCAACCUUCUUUCAUCCCUUCAUUUGAUGCAAAUCCCACAUUUAUAAAUGAUGGGGCAGAUCAAAAUGCUAUGGAAAAAUCCAAGUAUUGGGAUAUAGAUGCUGCAUUCAGACUAAAAAGUAAGGAAGUUGAAACAGGAUCAGCCGCCGACAAAGGCAAGUGGAUCAAAUCUAACGAAGAAGUAAUUCAAGAAGGAAUUGGUGGUUAUAGUGGACAAAUUUCAGCUCAAAAGUUCUUCCCUAUGGCAACUGAUUGUUCUUCGAAUUCCUUACCUGGCUUGCUAAACAAUGCCAUGGCAUAUAACUCCUACCAUCAUUCUGAGCCUUCAAGUUUAUCUCUAUCUCAGUUUGGAAGCCAUGGACUAUUUCCCUCCCAAAUGAAUCCCCAUACAAGUAAUGCCAUACAACUUCCACCUUCAUUACCGCUACCACCUGCGUCUCAAUUCUUUUUCUGUCCAUCUACGACGACACCAGCACUUUUCACUCCAUAUUCUUCAUAUAUCACUACCCCAAUAGAGAGUGAUCCAAGGCAAUUCAACCAUAUUCAGUUCUUGAGCUCAAGUUCACAACAUGUCCUACCUCAUCCUCUCAUGCCACCAUCUCUUCAUUCAAUGAGCUUGCCAUUCAAAUCCUUUCCAACGAAUGAGAAUUCCAAGCUUCCUCAAUCACAAGAGGACAAUGGAAGUAGAGUGGACAAGGAUAACUCUGGUUCUUAAUGAUCUUAGAGUGGAUUCCUCUUGUUGAACUGGUCACUACCUUGUGAAUCUCUCAUUUUGAAGGCUCAUCGGACGUGUUCAACAAUUGGCAGAAGAUGAUUGAGUUGCAAGAUGGAUGCUUUCAGCUGCUCCUCAAUUUGUCUAGAUACAAGUAAGACACUUGCGAAUACAUUUAUUUUCUGAAUUUAACUACGAUUUUCAGCAAAUGGUGAUGCGAAUAGGUGCAAGUUUGUAAGGAUUAAGGAUGACAAUGCUAUACAACACUGCAUACUUGUGUUUGAGUGCUUAUAGUUUUAUAUACUAAACUCAGUUUGAUAAAAUUUUGAAUGCUUAAUUUGGACUAAGUGAAGUUGAAUAUA